AUGAUUAGACGACAAGCGCCACAGCCGGUGAGGCGGAGCACCCGGAUCCGUCAAAAAACAUCGCCAUACUUCCAAUGCAAGAAAAAAGGAGCGUCUAGUGUCUCAAGAGCCUCGACGAAGCCACAAGGAGCCAACGCUGAGACUGCAGGAAGCAAGAGUCGCCCCACAAAAUUGAAGAGCAAAGCGGCUCCGAAAGCGACGAAGGUCAAGAGCGAGGAUGACGCCGAAUCGAAGCCCGAGGUGGAACGAGUGCACGGUUUGGCGCGGGAGGCCAACUUCUACGGCCUGAUCCAGGAGAUCGUAACGCCCAAUGUCUUUCGCUUGCUCGUAGCAACCUGCUUGCUCAAUCAGACGAAGGGGAGAGCAGCUAUGCCCGUGUUCUGGGAGCUGCUCAGACGCUGGCCGGAUGAGCAUCGCUUGGCGAAAGCAGACUUGGUGGAGCUGACGGACCUGCUUCAACCCAUCGGGCUGCACAACAUCCGCGCACGGCGACUCAUCAAUAUGGCACAGACCAUGGUAGAGAUUCCGUACGAUGAAAAGAACUUGUUCAAGAGUCGAGACAGGACCGCACCAGACACACCGAUUGGCAUCUAUCCAGGUGUCGGACGAUAUGCUAUCGACAGCUGGAGGAUCUUUGUCGCUGGCGGAGGAGCCAGCGUUGGCUUGGACGGUCAGAAACCAGUCAGCCCCUUUGACACAGUGUCGGUCGUUGCGCUGCCCAAGAAGAAAGAGGCGCUUGUUCUGCCUCCUGCUGAACCACGACCCGCUAUCGAGCCAGAGUGGAAGUCUGUUAUGCCUCUCGACAAGGAGCUGCGAGCCUACCUCAUCUGGCGAUGGGCUCAGGAAGGGCAGCAAUGGGAUCCACUGCGCGGCGUCGUCCCGGCCUCGUCCGAUUCUCAGUGA